UUUAUUUACUUUAAAGAUGUAAAUAAGAUAAUGUAUAUAUCAACUUAAAUAAUUGAGAAUUAUUAUAAAAUAAAAUGAUUUCACGUGGAUAUAUAAGUGAUAUUGAAAAGCGAAGGAAACAGAUUGAUACACUAAAAAUAUUUAAUGACAAUGUUAUUGAAAUAAUAGAAAAUGAAGAAUACAGAGUCGAAUUUAAAUCUGGAGGAAGGCACAUGAGCGUCUGUGUGCUUUUGGGACCUGGAUUUCCAGUCGAUAAACCCCGUUUGUUAAUAAGACCAAUAGUUCAACAUUCCUGGAUUCAACAGAUGACUGGUGAAGUAAUAGAUGCCCCUGGAUUAUUAAAUUUUACUGUGCAUUCCGAUCUUGGACGAGUAGUUCAAGCUAUAAUAAGAGAGUUUGAACGAAAUCCUCCGUCCCCUGUUGAUUCUGGUAUAUUGAUGCCACAAACAUCGGUUGCUGGUAAAAUUUCAUAUAAAGAUAAUCUAGAUACGAGUGAAAGUGGUACUCCCAUUGAUUCAAUUAGAAUGCAGUUACAACAAUUAAAUAAUAAUGAAUUAAGAAAAUUAUUAAAUGAUGACCACUUAGAUGAAUUUUUAUCAACAAAUGAACAAAUGCAGCAACAAACUACCGAUCUAGACAACAUGAUGCAGAACGUAGAAUCCAUAGCUAAUUCAACAAUAGUAAAAGAAGCAGAGCUGGAGAAAUUAAAGAAGAACCUAAUGACCAGUCUUGAAAUGCUUUCGCAGUUAAGACAGAGUUGUGAAUCACUAAACGAUAAAUAUCAGCAAAUGGCAGAUAGAUAUGCACCACAGAAUAUUUGUGAACUUCUACAAAAAUUUGCAGCAACUUGUGAUAGAGAUUGUGAAGAAAUAGCUGAAAUGUUUUUGAAUGGCGAAUACAGUGUAGAAUUAUUUAUAUCUGAAUUUAUGAGUGCCCGGAAACUAUCUCAUAGUCGUAAAGCCAAAGAAGAACGAUUGCAGAUUCAACUGAACGCUUUGGAAAGAGCAGGAUUUUAG